AUGGAUGUGCACCCUGAUGCCCCUGGGGGUCAAAAGAAACCAAACGACAGCAGCAUGGGAGGCAGCAGCCCGGGAGCCCAGCAAGAUUCUGUGAUGAGGACAGAGUCAUCGGAGAUGACUGAUGUGGAAUCUGUGAUCACUAGCUUCGCGUCGUCAGCAAGGGCAGGCCGUCGCAAUGCCUUACCCGACAUCCAGAGUUCACUGGCUACAGGUGGAUCCUCUGAUCUACCACUGAAGCUGGAGGCGUUGGCUGUGGAGGAAGAUGCAAAAAUGAAGAAUGAAGAGAAAGACCAAGGCCAACCGAAAAAGCCCCUAAAUGAAGAAAAAUGAAAGGCUUAGAAUUUAUCAAGGGUGUUGUUGAUUUUAUGGGUAUUGAGAGACAUAGCAGCUAUGCAUUCCUGGGGUGUUUGAUCAGGUGGUAACCAUGGUAACCCAUGGUGAUGUGCGUGUGUGCGUGUGCGUGUGUGUGUGUGUGUGUGUGUGUGUUUUGUUGUGAUACUCCGUACUUAAACUGCAGCCAUGAUACCGAAAUAGGUUAUUAAAAGGUAUUACCUUCAAAUUGAACCCAAGGAAGGACACAUUGUUCAUACUCCAACAAAAUUCACUAUUUUGGGAUUUACUUAGAUAUAUGUUUAAUUCUGUCUUAGCGAGCUAGAACAUUUUUCUUGGUAUGUAUAGACCAAAACCUAUUAACUUAAUACUUUGUAGAAUUUGUAGGAAAUUAUAUUUUUUUGGUGAGAGGGAAUUAGUAGUAAAAAUCAUACUUAUAAUAUGUGCUUAUUUUUAAUUAAAAUUGCACCAUAUUUCCCACAAAAUAUUAGGAGAGAUCUGGAAAUAUUGUAAAAGUUGUAACAACUUAAAUAUCUCUAGAAUGGUUUUGUCUAAUGUAUUUAGCAUCCAGUCUGUAUGUGCUGUAGUUUAUCAUAUGGACCCACAUAAUAUAAAAAAAUUGUGACAAACUUGCUCAUAUGAAACAUGUGUAUUGAAUAAAUCUCACUAUAUUCCUUAA